AUGGCGACUCCGCGUGUUCUUCGUUUCGACGCUGACGGUAGACCCCUUGACUUUUCACUCUGGCUUAUGCGUCCUCGCCGUCAGUUAGAGAGUCAGGUCCAGUCAGGCGAGACCCUCUGGGCGCACGCUACUGGUGCCCUCCCUGCGCCCCCCGAACCUACGCCUUUAGGCCCUGCCCCUGACGACGCCGCUAGAGCCCACUUUGCUAACCAGCGCGCUGACCUGACAGCUUGGACGUCGCGUGACGCUGCGGCCUGCAUCGCGCUCAGCACCCUCCUCCCUGAGUCUGAGGAAGUCUACUUUACUCAGGUUCGCACUGCUGCUGAGUACCUGACUGCGAUUAAGGCCCGCUACUCCACUCCUGCUGCUGUCUCUCUUGGCCGCCUUUUCCUCCCCCUCCCUGACCGCCUUGCCUCCGUUCGUGACGCGCUUCUCCCGAAUCACCCUAUUGAGCUCACUAUUGAGGUCCUUGAGUCUGCGCUCAAGGACAUCGAGAGCAACCUCCGCUCCGUAGCCGCUGCCUCUGGUGCUGUGCCCCCCCCACUCUUCCACGGGUGCACAGUCCCGCAGUUGCCCACCUUUACUGCCUCUCUCGCCACUGCCGCUACUGACGCGACCGCAGCUGCUGUUACGACUUCGUCGCGGUCCCGCGGUAGGGGUGGCAAGAGGGGCGGUGCUGGCGGCGGCGUUGGUGGAGGCGGAGGUAGUGGGGGUGGCGUUGCGACUGGCGGUGGUGGGAGUGCAGGGCCUGGAGAGACGUCUCGUGCAGCGACCGGUGACUCCACUGCGCCUGCUGGUGGUGGCGACGCCCGAGUUCGUCAGUCGCCCCCUGUACUGCCAGCCCCGGUGGGUGGAGCAGCGGCGUGGUACCGAACCCAGCGUCAGCGGCAGCUUCAGCAGCAGCAGCAGCCCCUCUCCUCCCAGCAGCCUCCGCAGCAGCAGCGGCCGCAGUAG